GUGGCUUCAGCUCGAGAGAAAGUAAUUUACCCAUGUUUCAACCUAUUCAAAUAUUCUUCAACGGAACGUCCGCAAUUUAGUGUAGGAAAUCGAUUUUUUUUUUUGAAGAGCCAUCUCCUUGUGUCACACGUAGCUCGUAACUUUAUUUACGUCAUUCUUUUAGUAAAACCUGCUGUUCUGUUACCAGUUGAAUAAGGCUUCAGCGCGUUGAGUUUUCAAACAAACCUGUGACUUAGCGACGUCAUUGUUGUGGGUGGUAGAAAUUUUCUAAUGAUGUAAAUGAUAUACGAACAGCAGUGUAUUUCAAAAGCUUUAGCUUUGGAUUUUGUUAAAUCACAAUUUCGUUAACAUUGUAACUCUCGUUUGUUGGAUAUCUUAUUAAUAAGCUUAUAAUAAAUCUCGCUCUGAUAAUUGGCGCGAAUGGAAAAGAAAUGUUCUUUGCAUACCACGGUAAUACGACAGAUCUUUUGCAGGAUCAAUAUUCUGCUUAAAAAUUAUUAAACACAACUUUAAUUGUCAAAAAAAAAGUCGUUUUCCUGACAUUUAAAGUGGCACAUUGGAUGGUAGCUCUGAUCCCUUCUUUGUUCCAGAAGAAAAGGCUUAUAUUAAAGGUUAAAUUUUUAUUCUGUUGUUGUUCCAACGUAGAAUAUUUGGUACAGGUAAGUACAAGUACCUGUGGUUCUGUCGAGCAUGGGAUGUAGGCUUACCAAAGCCGUUUCUUCCAAAAAGAAGAAUAAAGGAAACGGUCUUCUUCAGCGGCAUAGUUGUACAGUGUCCUGUGAAGUGACAGAUCCUCCAGAGCGGCCGACCCUCACCAGAAACCAAAGAGCUAUUUUGACCAAUACUUCGAAACUUCUAGUGGAGAACAUUUCCCGUGUAGGAGUCAUCACGUUCAUGAAUUUGUUUGAAACCCAUCCAGAUGUCCAGGAAGUCUUUAUGCCUUUCAAGGGACUAUCUGGAAACGAUCUUCGCUACAGUAGAGAGCUGAGAGCACAUGCUUUCCGGGUGAUGGGGGUUGUCCAGAAAGUAAUAACACGUUUGAAUGAAGAAGAAAAGCUGGAUCAGCUUUUGACAGAUCUAGGCAAGAAACACGCACGUUACGGCGCUAAGCCACAAUAUAUUGAUCUGAUAGGCCCCCAGUUUGUGCAUGCCAUCAAACCAUCGCUGGAAGACCAUUGGACGACAGAAAUGGAAGAAGCCUGGUGUCAGCUAUUUCGUUAUAUAGCGUGGGUCAUGAAAGCUGCCAUGGUUGAGCAUCAGUCAGAAUGUGAAGUGUCUUCGGUUCAGAGUUUUCACUCAAAAAUUGACUGAUAAUUUAUAAUUAUCAGAUUGGAUAAGUGAUUCUAAUAAAACAUUUCAAAACGCCCCACUAACUGUUACAAAAUGUUCGCCGACAUAUCACUUUAAUCGGGGAACAUCGUAGAACACUAUUAUUUACUCAGAAACUGAUUUCGUUAGUUAUUUAUAAUUUACUAAAUGAGCCUGAUUUACAGAGAUAAAUAAUGCGAACUUGAUUCCGUUUAAGUGGUGUUCAUGAUAUGGAUUUUCGCGUAAUAGUUUAUUUUUUCUACGAACUUACCCACACCAGUUGCGUGUGUAAAAUUUCAACUUUCAAAGUUUUCGCCAUCACUAAAUGUGUAGUUUUUAACGCGUUUUGUCAAAAUGUAAUUCAACAGGUUUCUAUAUUUUUGGUAGUUCGCUAUCUAAAAGAAAUUUUCGAAAUACUGAUUGGUUGUUAAAACUUCAGUCCAUUCUUACAACUUAUGUGUGUGUGUGUGUGAUAGAUGGACAUUUCAAAGUUUCUACUGCAGGAUAAGUUUACUUCAUACUGUAGGUACUUUCUGAUUACAUACACAAAUCAAAUGUUGUUUUUUUUCGUCAGAUGUGUAACUUCAGGAAAAUGUUAA